AUGUCAAUCACCUCAUCAAGUGUGUGCCAAAGCCUCAAGUCCUGUUUGGAUCCCCUGUUAUUCGAGCCUCACGACUCACCAAACCAGCUAAUCCCACCCAAACACGCCCUACAGAAUCCGGAGAAAACGGAGGAAGUUUACGUCCACCCUCUCGUCAAACGCUCGUUUUUCCCACUCAGCACGAAAUCGCUCGAUAUGUGCACCGAAAGCUUGGGCAACGAGACGGGGACCAAUAUCAUUUUGGAUUUCGAUGAGUUUUCCCUCCAUGCAUUGGAUAGGCCGGCCAAAAUCCGUGAGUCUCCAAAGAAAACGAAAAAAGUCAACGAUUUCCCGCCCCCGUUGACUUCCAUUAGCGGCGAUGAAUGGGUUCAAGUGCACGCCCAUCGAGAAGGAGGUCGGCUUGUCAUUAGGGCCUUCAAUUGCUCGUGUCGUAGGAACUUUUUCCGAGCCGAGCGCGAAAACGGUAGGCUUAGACUUUCUUUGGUUAGGCUCCGUGAGACGGAUGAACCGGUACUUGGGAACGAUGAUGAUGAUGAAGGGCAAGAAGAAGUUGAAGAGGAAAAUGCGAGGGGGGAUGAAAAGGACUAUUGCGAAGGUGAAAGUUGGGACGGGAGCGAAUUUACUGGCCAUAAUUGGGGUGAAAAUGGCCCGAGGGAUCAAGAUGGAGGGAAAAUUGGGUGCAAGAUCACUGGUGGAGAUUGGUCGGGCAGCAGGUGCAACGGGGAGAGGAGCGACCGAGCAAAGAGGCUACCGAGCUUGCCGUAUUGCGUGGCAAUUUCUUGA